CUCCAAAUAUAUACGUCAGCACUUGUAUUCAGCCCAUUGAAUAGCUUAAUACGGAAAGCAUUCAAAGAAGAAGAACCUCAAUGGUUAAAGGUCAAACCUAUAGUGGAGCAUGACUGGAGGCCUCAUUUACAGACCCUUAACGGUCAUGGAGUUAUGAUCAGCUCAGUUGCCUUCUCAUCAGAUGGCCGCUAUCUUGCCUCAGGGUCAAGGGAUGAUACUAUUAAAAUACUAGAUAUGAUGAGCAAAAAGCAACAAACUUUCAAAGGCCAUAGCCAAUUAGUUAGAUCGGUUGCCUUCUCAGCAGAUAGUCGUUACCUUGCCUCAGGGUCAUAUGACAAAACUAUUAAGAUCUGGGAUAUUACAACAGGCAAGGAGCAGCAAACCCUUAUAGGUCAUGGGAGCGAAAUUACGUCGGUUGCAUUUUCAGCAGAUGGCCGCUACCUUGCUUCAGGGUCUAGUGAUAAGACGAUAAAAAUAUGGGAUCCAACGGUGAAAGGACGACAAGCCCUUAAUAGCCAUAACGACAUAGUUUUAUCAGUUGCUUUCUCAGCAGAUGGACGUUAUAUUGCAUCAGGAUCAGAAGAUAAAAAUAUAAAGAUCUGGGAUCCCACAGGUAAAGAACGACAUACCCUCAGAGGGCAUACUGAUGCGGUUUAUUCAGUUGCAUUCUCUGCAGAUGGCCAUUACCUCGCUUCAGGAUCGUGGGAUAAGACUAUAACGAUCUGGGAUUUAACAAGAGGUAAAAAGCAACAAACCCUGAUGGAUAAUCAUUACAGUAUAGGUACAGUUACAUCAGUUGCUUUCUCGGCAGAUGGGCAUUACCUAGCUUCGGGGGCUUCAGAUGAUGCUAUAAAAAUAUGGAAUUUAAAGAAAAGAAGAAUUCAACAAUACCUCAUAGGCCAUCAAACAACAAUUGAAUCGGUUGCUUUCUCAGCAGAUGGACAUUACCUUGCUUCAGGGUCAAACGAUGAAAUUAUAAAGAUUUGGGAUAUAACAACGGGCAAAGAGCGACAGACAAUCAAGGUCAACGCUACAAUACAGACUAUAUCCUUUGAUGAUACCGCCUCGUAUCUG